AUGGCCGCCCUGCAGGAGAAGAAGUCGUGUAGCCAGCGCAUGGAGGAGUUCCGCCACUACUGCUGGAACCCGGACACGGGCCAGAUGCUGGGCCGCACCCUGUCCCGCUGGGUGUGGAUCAGCCUCUACUACGUGGCCUUCUACGUGGUGAUGACCGGGCUGUUUGCCCUGUGCAUCUACGUGCUCAUGCAAACCAUCGACCCCUACACGCCUGACUACCAGGACCAGCUGAAGUCGCCAGGCGUAACCUUAAGGCCAGACGUGUACGGGGAGAAGGGCCUGGAAAUCCACUACAACAUCUCUGACAACCGCACCUGGACCAGCCUCACGCACACCCUGCGAAGCUUUCUGGCAGGUUACUCGCCCGCAGCCCAGGUGGACAACAUCAACUGCACCUCCAAGACCUACUUCUUCCAGGAGAGCUUCGGGGCUCCCAACCACACCAAGUUCUCCUGCAAGUUCACGGUGGACAUGCUGGAGAACUGCUCCGGCCUCACCGACCCCGGCUUCGGCUUCCAGGAGGGAAAGCCCUGCUUCAUCAUCAAGAUGAACAGGAUUGUCAGGUUCCUGCCCAGCAACAGCACGCCCCCCCGCGUGGACUGCACCUUCCUGGACAUGCCCCACCAGACCCUCACGCCGCUGCAGGUCGAGUACUAUCCCCCCAACGGCACCUUCAGCCUCCACUACUUCCCGUACUAUGGAAAGAAAGCGCAGCCGCACUACAGCAACCCUCUGGUGGCCGCCAAGCUCCUCAAUGUGCCCACGAACACAGAGGUCGUGGUCCUCUGCAAGAUCCUGGCCGAUCACGUGACCUUCGACAAUCCGCACGACCCCUACGAGGGGAAAGUGGAGUUCAAGCUCAAGAUCCAGAAGUGA